CUGGCGGCCAUGAUCACGAUGAUGCCCCUAAUGAGGCCAGUCUCGCUUCUCUUGGUCCUCCUCUUCCUUGCUGUUCCAACAACUGCCCAUCCGAUCCCUGUCACGUCGGCUUCGAGAAAGAUCGGCAUCGGCGGGUGGGCGCCGAUCAAGGACGUGGAGGAUUCCCACGUCAGAGAGCUCGGCGAUUUCGCCGUGGAGGAGCACAACAGGCGGGAGCACGGUGAGCUUACCUUCGACAAGGUGGUGACGGGUGAGACGCAGGUGGUGGCCGGGAUCAACUAUCGCCUGGUGCUGCGGGCUAGGGACGGCGGAGGCUCGGCGGCCGACUACCAGGCGGUGGUGUGGGAGAAAGUGUGGAUCAACUUCAGGCAGCUCACUUCUUUCGUGCAUAUUGAAUCGUAGGUGUUUCUACUGUUUGGCUGGGGAGAAGAUGAAGAUGGAUCCAUUGAUGAAUCAUAAAUAAAGGAAGUUUUAUUUGGAAUUAAAUUCAAUCAAUUUUGUUUCAAAAUAUAAUUAAUA